AUGACACUGUCACUGCUCUUCUCCCUUUUCCUACUCGCCGCCCCAUCAGGUGAGUGUGUCCUCUCCCAGGUGCAGCUGGUCCAGAUCGGCCCGGGGGCAGUGAAGCCCUCAGAGACCCUCAGUAUCACCUGUAAGGUUUCUGGUGUCUCUGUCAGCACCAACUAUUGGGGCUGGGUCCGACAGCCACCGGGGAAAGGGCUGGAGCGGAUGGGGCGCAUCCGGAGCACUGCAGACGGAGGCACCACAGAUUACAGCUCGGCUUUCAGUAGCCGGAUCACCAUCACCAGGGACACCUCGAAGGAUGAAGUUUAUCUCCAGCUCCGCUCGCUGACAGCUGCAGACACCGCCACCUAUUACUGCGCCAGAGACACAGCGCUGGUGGAGUCCGGAGGGGAUGUGAAAAAGCCCGGAGACUCUCUCCGCCUCUCCUGCAAAGCCUCCGGGUUCACCUUCAGCAGCUACUGGAUGGGCUGGGUCCGUCAGGCUCCCGGGAAGGGACUGGAGUGGCUUGCCUUGAUUCACGGUUCUAGUAUAUACUACAGUGACUCCAUAAAAGGGCGAUUCACCAUCUCCAGAGAUGACCCCAACAGUCUGCUGUACCUGCAAAUGACCGGCCUGAAGCCCGAGGACACUGCCCGCUAUUACUGUGCGAGAGACACACCUUGUAUAAGCUACUGGGCCGGCAGUACUGUACAUUACGCCAGCUCGAUCCAAGGCCGAUUCACCAUCUCCAGGGACAAUCCCAACAACCUGCUGUAUCUGCAAAUGAGCGACCUGGAACUCCAGGACACUGCCCUGUAUUACUGUGCCAGACACAAAGUGAGGGGAAGCUGCUGCUGCACCCAGAGACCUGAUGCCACCAGCAUCUGUGCAGUUAUCAGCCAUUCCCCAUGA